CCUGUACACUCUCUCUCUCUCUCUCUCUCUCUCCUGAUGGCAUGCUGGGUUUUGGAUUGCAGGAGGGAGAUGUCUCACACAGUCUGACAUGAAAACACACUCUUAGAGAAGAACAGCAGCAUCCAUAGUGCAAAACAAAGACGAAGAGGAAUCAUAGUCAGCCUUUAGCUUGGCCUUUUCCAACUUUAGAGAUGGCCCGGUUAUGCAGUCACCAUGGGACAGCUGUGCCAGUGGUGAGUGUAGGAUUACUACUACUGAUGUGUGCAACAUGGACCGAACCAUACAGGACCCCUUACAGUGAGACAGACAGUGAUCAAUAUGACCCCAGAGAUCACCAUCAAAACACAGACAACAAUCGAGACACCGGUGACAGCAGGACGACCGAGUGCCGGCGAUGCUGUGACCCAGGAGAGGAGCCUCUCCAAUAUGGCAGCACUUACCCACAAUACCAGGUGGUUCCACAGAUAAACAUCACCAUCCUUAAAGGGGAAAAGGGAGAAGCUGGCCAGCGUGGACCCUAUGGCAAAGUAGGCAAGACAGGGCAGGCAGGCCCAAGAGGACCCAGUGGCUUAAAGGGCUCCAAGGGCAAUAUAGGAACCCCAGGAGAAACCUGUAAAUCCUACUAUUCUGCCUUCUCUGUGGGCCGAAAGAAAGCGCUGCAUAGCAACGACUACUACCAGACGCUGGUGUUUGACACAGAAUUAGUCAACCUGUAUGGCCAUUUCAACAUGUUUACAGGCAAAUUCUUUUGCUAUGUGCCAGGAAUUUACUUCUUCAGCCUCAACGCGCACACAUGGAAUCAGAAGGAGACAUACCUGCAUGUGAUGAAAAACGAGCAGGAGAUGGCCAUUCUGUAUGCACAACCCAGUGAUCGCUCUAUCAUGCAGAGCCAGAGCCUGAUGCUGGAGCUGGAGAGAGAUGACGAGGUGUGGGUUCGACUCUAUAAGGGUGAGAGAGAGAAUGCCAUCUUCAGUGAUGAUUUUGAUACCUACAUCACAUUUAGUGGCUACCUCAUCAAAGCCAAGAGCGAAGGUUAGCAGACCUCAGUGAUGUAUUAGCAGGUGUAAAAUACAUGCCUUUGCAUAGAGCAAUGGAAAUACCAUCUUAUUGCUUAUUUUAUAUGGACAUUUAUAUGGACAUUUAGUAUUUAUAAAAAGUCCUUCUGGAUUUAUUUAAUCUGAGUAUAAAGUAUACAGAGACAGGGUAUUAUUAGGGGUGCUGAGAGCAUAAAGCUGAACCAAGGACCAAAAGAAAGUGUGGCUUAUGACCUCUAUUACUCUAUUAUACUCAAAUAUUUAUUUUAUUAAGCUUAGCUAUGAAAGAGAGUAGGGUCAAUGUGGGUUUGUUUCACAGGUUAACACAACACAUGUCUACCUGUCUUUAUUAUGGGUUUGGUGCUUCAUCUUGCACUAGUUGAUGGGAUAUAUCGCAAAUGGUGCUCUGAUUAAGUACGAUGCAGUUCGAUGGUACUGUUGAACAAUCACAUAUUAUCUGGAAUAGGAGUCUAUAAUAAUUGUAUUUUUGUAUUAUUAGUAAUUCCAUUCACAGCAUUUUUACACUCAAAUAAUAUAAUCAAUGCAAAUACAUGUAGAAAUUUUAGGCAAUAUAAAAAAAGAGAUUUAACAUUAAGGUGAAAUGCUUUAUUUAUGGUUUGUUACUUUAAAAGUUUGUCAAAUCCCUCCUGAAAAUGAAACUUUAUGACAUGAGACAACUCAGAUCUCACGGCACUUUACAGGAAAUACUUAAUAAAAGAUGAAGUGGAGGCCUCAGGAGGAGGCAUUUUUAUUGUCAACAGCUGUAAAUGUUCUUCUUUCUCUCACUGACAUUAAUGGAAAGUGAAUCCAUGGGUUACAGGCCAGUUAUUUAAACAUCACUUGAACUUUUCAAAUUACCAAUAUGAUGUACAUAGCAUAGUUAUCAAAUAAAAAUAAAUAAUAAAAACAGCUGUAAGUGACACUUUUUAUAUAAACUGGUGUUAUAUGUGGGAGUAUCUUUAUUAUUUACACUGGCAUGGGUGGACUAUGAAAAGUGGCCAAGUACACUUGACCCAGAGGAAUGUUUCCUGGCUGAGAAGUUUGUAGAUAUAUUGGGGUCCAAAUGCUUCACACCCUGUCUGCUUAAAGAUAAAUGACAGCAGUAGCACUUUCAACAGCAAUUCCUUAACCCACUUAGUUGAGAUGCAGACAUUUGCCUUUGAGUUUAACUGCUGUAAGUACAGUACGGUAGCUUUAAUCUUGCGAUUAUCAUUGACAGAUUGAUAACAGUCAUUAAUGACCAUUGUCAGUGUGUGUGUGGCAUGCUCACUUUCAGUUUUAUUAUAGUCAUUAAGACAUAUAUUAUGAUAAUGGAUCUCAGCUAUGCACAUAACACAUGAUGAGUUUAAUAGCAUGUGGGUAAACAAAACCAUGAUGCAGUCCAGAUGUCAAGGUCUUUGAUGCUGAUUCUGGUUUUCACAGGAUAGUAAAAAAAAGAAAAGAAAAGAAAAAAACCCUCAUAUGACACAAAACUGUCUGUAAUUACAGUGUUUUUUGUUCCAUCUUGUUUUAACUUGUUUUUUAAAAAAAUAUUAUGUGCACUAUGGAGACCAUCAUUACAAUAAACAGAAA